AUGAAGCUGAAAAAAUCAUCUGAUAAGAAAUAUGUUCCUCUUAGUUACUAUGAAAUUUUGUUUGCUUCUCUGCUUGCAGUUUUUGUAUGUGUUUGUGUUGGACUGAUUGUACUUUCAUGGUUAUCGGUCCAGGAGUUAGAACGAGCUGAAGCAGAUGGGAAUACUCAUGUCUACAUGGGAACAUUUAGAAUACUCUCUGGGACAUCAUUCAUUUCUUCUUUACAAAACAGAUCUUCAGCUGAUUUCAAAGUCCUUGCCUUUGAUGUUGAACAAUUGAUACAACAAGUCUUUCAAGCAAGUGAUCUGAAAAACAAAUUUGAGAGAUGUGAAAUUUCCCAGUUCAAGAAAGCUGAAGACGACCAUGCAAAAUUCAAGAAGUCAGAGACUGGUGUUGUUGUGAUCUUCAACCUUUAUUUUACCCAGAUGUUAACAGUUGAGAAAGUAAAAACCGAGCUGGUUUUGGGUAUCAGUGCAAAUAAAACUAAUCUUACCCAGACUUUGAAAAUUGAUGUGAACAGCAUACAAGUCACAGUAGCUGCUGAAAAUCUUACUACAAUGAUGCCUCUAACUUCAUCAGCAAAUCCCAUGAGCCUAAUUACAAGCUCCCCGACAUCAACUUCAGGACAACUCACCACAAGGAAGUCCUCAACAACUGCAGCUGAGUGUUUGCCACCUGCUGAACUUUGCGAUGAUGGUGUAACCUGCAUUAGAAAAGAUUUAUUUUGUGAUGGAGUCUUGGACUGCCUGGAUGGUUCAGAUGAAUCUGAAAAAAAAUGUGCUGCAGUUUGUGAUGGAAAAUUUAUGUUGACUGAUUCCUCUGGGUCUUUUCACUCUAUGAAUUAUCCAAAACCCUAUAAUGCAAAUAUUGUUUGCCAAUGGAUUAUACUAGUGCCUCAAGGGUUAUCCAUUAAACUGAACUUCACUUCUUUUGUUACACAACAAUAUGCGGACAAUUUAAAUAUUUUUGAAGGUAUAGGACAAAAAAAGAUUUUAAGAGCAUCUCUGUCAGGGACUAAUCCUGAGACAAUUUACAUUUUUUCACAUGAGGCUACAGCACAAUUUAUAUCCGAUUAUUCUGAAAAUUACAAUGGCUUUAACGCAAUUUACACUACAUUUAAUGCAAGUGAACUAAACAAUUAUGAGAAGAUCAAUUGCACUUUUGAAGAUGGCUUUUGUUACUGGAUACAAGAUUUAGAUGAUGAUUCAAACUGGGAGAGAAUUCAGGGCCCUACCUUUCCCUUUAUGAGUGGUCCUGAUUUUGAUCAUACAUUUGGCAACGUGUCAGGAUUUUAUAUUUCAACACCCAUAGGACUUGGAUUUGGAGAAGAGAGGGUCCGGAUUCUGAGUUUGCCUUUGAUCUCUUCUGAUCCAUCUUGUUUAAGCUUUUGGUAUUUCAUGUACAGUACUAAUGUGUACCGUUUAAGAGUUAGUGUAAGUAAUGAGCAUGGUUUGGAAAAAAUCAUUUUCCAGAAAGAAGGAAAUUAUGGAAACUACUGGAAUUAUGGACAAGUAACUUUAAAUGAAACAUCUCAUUUUAAGGUUAUUUUUGAUGCCUUUAAAAAGCGUGGUCCCAGUGACAUUGCCUUGGAUGACAUUGGCUUGAUAAAGGGAAAGUGUAAUGAAAGUAUUUAUGUAGAGCCAACUGUUAUUCCACCUGUUACUACUGUCCCUUCAGUUCCCACUGACUGUGGAGGGCCAGUUGAACUAUGGGAGCCAAACAGUACAUUCAGCUCUGAAAACUUUCCAAACAAUUACCCUAAUCGAGCUUUUUGUGUGUGGUACUUAAAUGCUGAAAAGGGAAAAAACAUUCAACUUCAUUUUCAGGUUUUUGAUCUGGAAAAUAUUAAUGAUGUAGUUGAAGUCAGAGAUGGCAGAGGACCAAAUUCCUUACUUUUGGCUGUCUAUACAGGACAAGACCCAUUGCCAGAUGUCUUCUCUACAACAAACCAGAUGACAGUAAUCCUCCUUACUGACAAGUCUGUAACAAAGAAGGGAUUUCUUGCAAACUUUACUACUGGCUACCAUCUAGGAGCUUGUGCAAUUGAUGAGCACCAGUGUGGUAGUGGGGAGUGUAUAUCAUUGCAUAACCUUUGUGACAACCUGCCUCAGUGUGAAGAUGGCUCUGAUGAAGCAAAGUGUGUAAGAUUGCUUAAUGGUUCUCUAAGCACCAAUGGGCUGGUACAGGCAAGGAUUGGGAAGAUGUGGCACCUGGCAUGUGCAGAUGAUUGGAAUGAACAGAUUUCAGACAGUGUUUGCCAGCUGCUUGGAUUAGGGGAUGUAAAUAUGUCAUCAACUGUAUUAUUCACUGGAGAUGGCCCAUUUGUCCACAUCACCAAAGCAGCUAACCACAGCCUAACAUUUACUAAAAGAGAACACUGUUCGAACAACCUCGUGGCUCAUCUGCAGUGCAACGUUAAACCUUGUGGAAAACACCUGAUAACUCAGAACAAUGGAACAAGGAUUGUAGGUGGAAGUGAUGCCAGAAAAGGAGCUUGGCCAUGGAUAGUUUCACUCCAUUUUAAUUCCAGACCUGUUUGUGGAGCUUCCCUUGUCAGUGAUGAAUGGCUGGUGACAGCAGCACACUGUGUAUAUGG